GGUAGCGCUAGCCAUACCGGGUGGGAAGCCCGAACGAGAGCGGUGCCUUCAGUAGGGUAUGCGGUUCGGUCUUCGCCGUCGGGUUGGUUUCAAAUAAGAUUCCUUCUGCUGGUCUGUCAGUUCAGUGUCGGUUGUCAAGCUUUUUUAAAAAAAGGAGGUGGGUCCGUUAGCUCUCUCUAAAGGCAUGGUUUAGUAAUAGUGAUAUUGGUUGCCUACGGAAGGUUAGGAAGUCAAUCAACUAGAUCAGCUCUUUUUUUUUGUACCCUAGCCCCUUCAUCUGAGGCUUACCAGUGCACUUGAAAAGUUCGUUCCGUAUUAUCAAUCAAAUCAUAAAUAGAUGAAUUGACUGAACUAGGUAGGGCUGCCUGCCUCAUUCUCGAAAGAUUAAAUUUCAUAGAUAUAUACAUCAAUAAAUUGCAUUUGAUUGAAUCCAACUACUUAUAAGCUAAAAGCUUGUGCAAGGGCGGUGGGUGGAGAGAUCGAAUUACAUACUAUGAUAAAUAAGUAGUAGGUCAAGAUCGGGAAAGAGUCCUCGCCUAGAAAAAGCAAUGGGCGUUCGAAUCUCCUUCGAUCUUUUCUAUGGUGAGUCAAGUGCUUCUUUCUUGCUUUUUAAGUAAUCGAGAUUGGGUUGGUGUUCAGUGUACCCUACUGUAUCGAAAAGAAUGCAUUUCAUUCAAAGUGAGAUGCUCCAGAGAAAAGAAAAAGAACGUGGGUAAGAAUCGACGAGGAAUCCAGGGAAUCGCGAAGGAAAAAAAAGAAAGCUCCUGAAGUUCUUAGAAUAUAAAAUAGAGGACGAGGAAGAUGUCCGGCGAGUGGUGGGCAUCUUCACUACCGACCAGGACCAUGAGCGUUUCGAAGAAACGCUACGUGGUCUCUCCGAUCCCCAAUCGGAGAUCGCCGAGUCCUUUAUGUUGGAAUGGGAUGACUUCAUUUAUCCUACUCCUCCUGGUCAUCCCAGUCCGUAGAGCACCCCUCCCCCAACACUCUUAGAGCAAAGCAAAGAAUCCACCCUGAGUAAGGCGCGCUCAAGCCGUUGCGCCUUAGUACGCGCAGUAGUUUGAUUGCUGGAUGCGCUACCGCGCUUUACUUACUCUAAAGGGCGCGCUAGCCGUUGCUUGGUUCUGGCGCGCUAGCGCUCAGGACUUUCUUCUUCGCUGAGGGAGUGGAUUCUUUGCUUCCAUGCCUUUCUUAGUCGGACCAACCCAACCGGCGAUUUCCGACAAGUCUUUCUGAAUUUUUAGAGCAUGAAGCGGAACUACAAGAAAGCUUUCUUUAUCUUUAUGGAUAACCAAUCCAUUUUCAAAUAUAGUUGGAAAACUACCCCCAAGAAAUGGGUACAUAAAAUGGAAAGAUCGGAACAUGGGAAUAGAUCUGAUACCAAUACGGACUACCCAUUUCAAUUGUUGUGCUUUCUUAAAUUUCAUACCUAUACAAGGGUUCAAGUUUCGAUCGAUAUUUGCGGAGUUGAUCAUCCCUCUCGAAAACGAAGAUUUGAAGUGGUCCAUAAUUUACUGAGUACUCGGUAUAACUCACGCAUUCGUGUACAAACCAGUGCAGACGAAGUAACACGAAUAUCUCCGGUAGUCAGUCCAUUUCCAUCAGCCGGCCGGUGGGAGCGAGAAGUAUGGGAUAUGUCUGGUGUUUCUUCCAUCAAUCAUCCGGAUCUACGCCGUAUAUCAACAGAUUAUGGUUUCGAGGGUCAUCCAUUACGAAAAGACCUUCCUCUGAGUGGAUAUGUGGAAGUACGCUAUGAUGAUCCAGAGAAACGUGUGGUUUCUGAACCCAUUGAGAUGACCCAAGAAUUUCGCUAUUUCGAUUCUGCUAGUCCUUGGGAACAGCGUAGCGACGGAUAAUUAAGAAUCAGAAUAGGUCCAGUCCAGGGGACAAAUCAAUAGGAAAUGCUAUU